AUGGAGCCAGCCGAUGUUACUCAAAUCAAGACCCGAGGCCAACACGAUGCCUUGGAAACAACGGUGGCGCGCAAGACGGCACAGCGCCGUCCUGCUGUCGGAUCUCCGAUGCCAACUCUUAUCUGCCUCGCUUAUGCUAGCUUCCUUGUAGAGCUGGGCGAGCACCUUGUUGGUAAGACGCCUGAUUGCCAUCCAUUCUCGGAGCUAGCGUGCUCCGUAGAUCCGCCAUUAGACACCCUUUCUGCAGCCCUCCGCCCUGCCCAAGUUCAUACAUCAUUCGAUUCUCGCUCUUACACCGUCGCCCCUCGACAUACUCCACUAUCUGCCCCAAAAACUCUCCAUCCUGCUUUUGCCUCUGCACAAAAGGGACACUUCCUUCAGCAUGCUCUCAGAAUGCCAGCCGCUUAUCACAUCGAGGGCCGCCACGCUUUUUCGAUACCACGGUCGCCUAAGGUUGAAGUACAACAGCUGCAUGUCAAAAGCACAAGGUUUCUUUCAUCGCCUCUCGACACCUCCACCAUAACGACCUAUGAAGAGCUCGCGUCAUUGCUCAUAUCAGCGUCUUCAUCGACAUCUGAGAUCUGCCGCCCUACGGUAUUGACCAACAGGAACAAGUCAAGAGAUCAUGUCAGAGAGUCUGCUUCAAUCGCACAUCAAUUCACCUCCCACAAGUUCCUCAAGACCGGCAAGUCUCGCCAACACUACGACGAAAUAUCCUUGGAAAGCUCUCCAACAUCUUAG